AUGGCUGGUAGUCCGUUAAAGUUGGACGAUCGGUUGGCAUACGCAGCAAAGUACGAUUCUAAGAAAUUGUAUUCUUAUUUGCGUCGCUAUUUUGAUAUAAUCGGUCAAGUGAGUGUUGAUUUUUUAAAAAUUGUCAUCACUUUAUUUUAGGUACAUUCUGUGAUUCAUACGAAGCAAGGUUCGGUGUUCGUCAGGCUUUGGAAUGGAACUGUGCCAGCGAAAAAGUGGAUAUAUUUCGAUUUUUUCUGAAAAAAUUUGGUUUCAGUGCGACUCGAACUGUAAUUACAAAGUUAUUCCGAGUAGAAGAUUGCGUAAUAGGGAAGGUUUGCUUGAAAACUUCGAAAUUAAAGGGGAAAAAAAGGAAUUUUAGCACAUUUCUCCUCCGCUACUAGCAAUUUCUGAAGCGACGGAGAGGCUCGGCGAAGGGGCCAUUUACGAUAUAAGCGUCUAUGAGGAAUAUAUCAAGCCUGCGGAGGCUUUGAAGGUUGAAAAAGUUUGCAAAUAGGGUGGAAAAUUCGAUUUUCAGAGUGGCGAUUAUGUUGUGAUUAGUAAUAUCCACUAUUACUCCCAAAUCAGCCAGCCGGCCGAUUGUUUGACGAUCCAUGCGCGGGGCCAGUUCUACAAUCGGGGAGUAGUCAAAAUUCCGUCGGAUUGUCAAAAUCAGCAUUAUCUUGAAGUGAAACAGUUGCGUGUUCCCGUGGAUCUCAGAAAAUUUAUACCGAAUUUUCAGGAGGAUCGAAAGUUUGAUCAGCCAAAAUGUCCAUCACAAAGAUUUGAAUGAGACAGCGGAAGUAAAAGAGAGAUCAGACGUUGAAAAUCAGGUCAGAGACAUUUUAUUUGAUUAGUUCUUUCCUGGUUUUAAUUGAUAGUUUCUGAUUGUAGAAACGAAAUUAACGUCUUUAAUUUUUUGUGUUUUUCUUUUUUUCAGAACAAAUUUAGGCUGUUGAUGAAUUGGACAUUUUUCGAAAAGUAUAACAUUUUUCAAAAAACUAAGCUAUUUGAAUUUUCUUUUGCUAAUUUUUAUAGAAGCAGUUAAUACAUUUUGUAGACAGUUUCAAUAUAUUUCAAGCUUUUUUCUUGAAACUGCGCACAAAAUUUUUUUCGACUUCUUGGUUGUAAGUAAAAUUUCAAUUGAUCAGUGCUUUUAAAGGCUUCAAAAUUGAAGAAAUUAUAAUCUUCAAAGAUCUCCACAAAGACCCCUAUACUGUCAGCUCCUUUAAAAAAUAAUAAUUAUUUUUUCAGCCAAAUCCUCCGAGAUUUGAAACAAAUUACGAGGAGCAGCCAAAUCCCGUGGAUCAGGCUAAUAUUGUCAAAAUCGUCAGCACGACCGUCGAAAACGAAAUUUUCAUUGAAGAAGAUGAUCAAUGGUUUUUUUUUUAAAUUCACUUAAGUUGUAACUUGAAAUAAUUUUUCAGUUUCGAAGACAUUCCGCGCCACAAGGCGAUUUUAAUCGGGGAGAACUUUAUCAGCGUCGAUCGUUUUGUGUGAGUUUUUGAGAAAAUUCUGGAAAAUUGAUUUUUCUACGUUUAUUCGAUACUGGGAGUGGUAAAGAACAAGAAUUCAAGGAAAAAAACAGUAUUUAUGAACUUCAAGUAAUCUUUUUUUGUGAGAGUUCCUUGAAAAAAAUUUUUAAAAAAAUCAGUUACAAUCAUAUUUUUUUGAUUUACAGUUUGCGUGACAUUUCGUCCUUGGUAUAAAUUUUUUUAUUCCCUCAAAAAUUUUUGCGAUUUCAAAAAAAUUCAAAUAACCGUCAAAGAUACGUUUCAAAAACAUUAAUAAAUUGCCGAAAUUAUAUUUAUUGUAAUCGAUUUUUUUCGAAUCGCCCUGAAUAAUUUUUUUAUUUCCUUUUUUUUGUUGGAAAUUGAGUUUUAGGAAAAAGAGACGGAUGUUCGUACCAUUUCUUGACCCACGCCCAUUCGGAUCAUUGCUCCGGUGUUAAUGUUGGUUUUUUUUCUUGUUUAGGGAUGAUAAUAAUGUACACUUUUAAUAUUUUUCUCUUUUUUUUUUUAAGUUGAUUAUAUAAAACUUUGAGCUUUCUUAGGGACCCUAGGGUGGUCCCUAUGGGGUUUUGGGGGGAAAAAGCCCCUAUAGGGAUAAGUUUCAAAAUGGAAAGUUUCUUCAAACUUCUAAUUAGAUGAGAUAACUUUUUUCUACUACACAAUAUUCAAUGAUUUCUUCCUUUCUUAGGAGUGGUCCCUAUAGGGGUUUAAGGACCUUUGAAGGUCACUCUAUAGAGACCACUUUACCCCCCUAAAUUUUUUUAAAAAUCUUACCCCUAUAGGGAGCACUUUUUUUGCCCAUUCUCCAGGGACCACUCUUGCUUUUCUGAGUGCAUUCGAAAUUUCUGAAAAUUCAGAUCGGCUGGACGACGCCGAUACACUGCUCCAAAGCCACGUCCAAGCUUCUCCCAAUUUUGACCAUGUAGAAAAAUUUUUGUAUUUUUUCCGUCAACUUGAAUAUUUUGAGGUCGAAAAAGAAGAAGGGCGUCGAUCCAGCCUAUUUGCAGGCUUUGGAAGUCGGCAAAACUCAUAAAAUGAAAGGAUUCGAAGUGACGGUUUUGGAAGCAAAUCACUGUAUCGGAGCCGUCAUGUUCCUUUUCCAAGGUUCUUAAAAAAUGAAAAAUGUUUUUUUGCGCCUUUUAUGGUAUUCUAUCUCAGAGGGGCUGUUGUAAUGAAAGUUUUAAAAGAAAAUCAGAAAAUUGAACUUUUUCCAGGCCCUCUCAUCCCCGGCGGUGCUGUCCUCUGCACUGGCGAUUUUCGAGCAGAUGAUAUGCUUAUUCGAAGAUUUGGCGCCGAUCCAAGUUUUGACCUUCUUGCUGAGGUUUUUCUGUUUGAUUGAAGCUGGAAGAAAACUGGAAAAUUGAUUCAAAAUAGUGACAGAUAGCUCAAAUAAUCAAGAGUUGCUCCUUAGGGGGCACUUUUUUGAAUUUUUCUGAGCUCUUAGACGCUGUUUUUUGCACUUUGAGCUCGUUGACCCUAACGGGACCGCUUAGGACGUUCCAUUUCUAGUGACCACUUUAGCGGCGUGAGCCAUUUUCAAGUGAGACAUCUCUUAUGCUUUAUUGGUGUCAUAACUUUUAAGUGACCUAGUUCGGAGUAUUUAAGUGAUCACUUUAGUGGCGUUAGCUCUUUUAAGUGAAUCGAUCCUGAACAUCUCUAGUGAACAUCAUCUCUAAUCUUCAGCGGCAUUGUUAUUAUCAAGUAAAUUAAUUGUGAGCCUUUCUAGUGAUAACUUAAGUGGCGUCAGCAGUUUGAAAUGGAUAUUUUCUGAGAUUUUGUAGGGAUCAAUCUAGUGGCGUCAACAGUUUUUAGUGAAACCUGAAAAUCUCUAGUUAUCACUCUAGUGACGUCAACACUUUUAAGUGAAUAAUUCUGAACAUCUCUAGUGAUCACUUCAGCGGCAUUAUUGUUCUCAUGUGAAAUAAUUGUGAGCAUCUCUAGUGAUCCUUCUAGUGACGUCAGUAUUCUCAAGUGAAACCUUAUGCCGUGUUCAAAGUAAUUUCCGCGAAAUGCAAAAUGGUCUCUGACCCUCCAAAAUUUAGUUAUCUUUCUCUUUCUCUGACAGCUGUUUUGAAUUUCGCGGAAUCAUUUUGAACACGGCAUUAGAAUCUCUACUGAUCACUUAAGUGGCGUCAGCGGUCUGAAAUGAAGUUUGUCUGAGCGUUUCUAGUGAUCACUUUAGUGGCGUCAACUCUUUUAAAUGAACUAGCUCUAAGCCUCUUAGUAAUAACUAUAGCGGCCUAGGCACUCUCAGCACCUCUUGUAAUCACUUAAAAGUGCUGAAGCCACUUAAGUGAUCACUAGACUAGAAACGUCCAGGACGCGUCCCAUUUGCGUUAUCGAACGUGAGUUCAUCUAUUUUUUUUUCAGACCCAUUUAUCGGCCGUUUAUUUGGACAACACAUAUUUGGACGAUUCCCCAACCGAUCAUUUCAUAACCCGAGAAGAGGCCGUGGGAGUGUGAGAUUCAAGAAAAAGAAUUUCGGCGAGAUGGGUUUUUUGCAGGCUCCUCAAGGAGAUCCGCAAGUACCCAUAUCACAAAAUCAUCCUCCCGAUGCACAAACUCGGGCGGGAAGAUCUUCUCGAGCUUCUCCAUGAUAAGUUGGGAGUAAGCUUUUUGAAACUCUCUAUUUUUUGCGCUACGCCUUUAAAUAUCAGCUUUUGAAAUUGUAGUUUGUUUACAAUGACCUACUAAAGCUCUCAAAGCUAAAAAUUUUUCCAAAAAUCAAUUCCACUCGAACAUCUUCAUUAAUUUCGUACUAUGGUCCUUUAAAAAGUCCACUGCUUUGUUCUUAAUCGACUAAACAAUAUUUUGAUUAGAAAUUAUCGCUUUCUGUGUUUAUUUUGAAGCAUUUUCUGGAAUUUUCGGUCUGAAAGUCACUCAUAAGAUUUUAUAGAUCUUAUUUCUGUCUCCAAUUUUUUCUCAAUAACUUUGAAGUUUUUAGCUGAUUUUGUUCAUUUUCACUGUUUGAGAACCUUUUUUGAAUGGUUUUUGAUGUAAUUUAAUCAAUAAUGGCUCGGACACCUGGAAAAAUCUAGAAAAAAUCAAAAAUGAUUCAUUUGAGCGUAAGUAGAUUCACGUUUCUUAUUUUUUUUUUUCCGCUUAUCAACUUUUAAUUUUUAUUUUGCAGUCGAGUUGCUACUUUUUAAUAGAGUUACAAUUAGUUCCUGACUUAAUUUCAAAAGUUAAGGAGCCAAUUUCGCUCUAUGAUAUCCGAGAAAAUUGUGCGACCAAACUCGAACUGCACAUGAUGAUCGACGAACGGCGGAAAAGUCCCAGAAAAUCCAUCGAUAACAAAAAAACGGCGAUCGAAGAACCGCGAAUUCGGGUUGUUCAACGAAAUUCCGCGUGCGUUUUUCAGCUGGCAAUCUGAAGGAUUUGGUAUUUUCCAGGGCGAUCCGCAAGGAACUCUCCAGGGAGGACAAGGAGUUUAUCAUCUUCGACAUCACCAUGAAAACUGGCACCUUGCCGUUAGUUUUUCUUUGUGUCGUCGAUAUUUUGGAAACGAGGAGUUCAUUUUGAAAGGAUUUCGAAAAGUUGCCCUUGAUAAUCAGAACUUCUUCGUAUAAUUUCCCAAAAAAAUUAGUUGAAAGAUUUUUUUAAAUAGGAUAUUGAAGGACUUUUUUUCAAGAAAUUUUAGAUGAGCUACUAGUAUUAUUAGUCACUGUUCUACCAAGCUUUUUUUCGAUCUGUACAAGACCAAAUUUUAAAAAAAUUUAAGAAUGCAAACAUGACAAGACUAAUGUCAAUAAUAUUUCAAAAAUUUCAUACCUGGUAAGACUAGAUUCAUCCAUAUUUCAAUGCUUCAAACCUCACAAAAAUAAAUUUUUCGAAAAUUAGAGAGUUCAACCUGAUAAGACUAAAAUUUUCAGAGCUGAUAAAUCUUUGAAAUUUUUCAACCUGAUAGAACUAAUCAUCUUAAAUUCUCAAAAAAACCGAAACCUCAUAAAACUAAAUUUAGUAAAAAUUUCAAAAAAAUCCAAACCUGAUUAGACUAAAUUUUUGUCGAAAGUUCAAAAAUUCUGACCUCAUUAGACUUAUUUUUUUUAGACUCAGAAUUUUUAAAUUUUCAAAUAUGACAAGAUUACAUUUUUGAAAAUUUCAACUUUUUAUUUCAGUCUGAGCGAAGAAGAGCUGAAAUCAACAUACCAUAUCGGUUACUCGGAUCAUUCGAGCAAGUCCGAAAUUCUAAACUUCAUGCAGCAGUAAGCGAGAAAUGCUCUAGAUUCUCCGAAAAUCGAGAAUUUAUAGUUUAUCCUUCGACGCCGUCUUCCCGAUCAGCGCCCCGAUGUCACCAUUUUCUAAGCAGGAGUUGAUGGAACUCAACAGGAAUUUGCCCUCUCUGAAGUGGAAUUCGAUCCAAAUUAACUCUUGAUUAAUUGGUCUUUUUUCAGUAAGACCACGAAAAUCAAUGUGCAAAAGAAGCAGAAAACGAUGACGGAAGUUGUGACGAUUUCCCUCGAAAAUGAAGAUCCAGAAGAAGACGUUCGAAUUGAGGAGGAUACGGAAAAUAGGUGGGAAAUGGAGGAAAAUCUAAAAAUUCUUUUUUCUUCUUCUCAACUCUCUCUUUCUCCUUUCUGUCCUCCAUAUAUUUUCUCUUUUUUCUAGGUUUUAUCUCUCUCGUCUCCUCUUUUUCUCUCUUCUAUACUCUAUUAGCCAUGAUUUCUAGCUCUCUGACCUGUCUGCGCCUUCUUUUCUCUCACCGGGGAAGAGGGCGCAGAGAAUUCAGAUCCUUUCAAACUUUGAAUACUUUUUGAAUACAAUUUACAAAAAAAUAAUAAUUCUUUUUCAGACAAUUUUGUAGAAAAAAAGUCAAAAAAAUUGGGGAAAAAAAUAGCUUGGUUCGUCGAUUUUUUUGACCAAAAAGAGACGAAUUUCAAAAAAAUUUCUGGGAAAUUGAAAUUUAUUCCCCGUUUUUUUGUGUUUUUUUGUGAAUGCUACAAAAUGCGCAUACCUCUAGGAAAUUCAAAAUAAUAAAGCUUUUAUUUGAAAUAAUUUUGGAAUUUUCUCAGAUCCACCGUUGAGAGAGAACAAGUACAGCCCGUAGAUUCUGGGAACAGGUGAUUUUUACUCGAAAAGUGAUAAUUUUUACUCAGUGAUUAUUUAUCAAACAAAGAGGUCAUGGAAGUUUCUCAACGACUUUCUCGGCGAAUAGAAGAUGUUUACAAGGAAAUGUAGGUUUUAGAAAAAAUUUUCACCUAAAAGUUGAUUUUUCAGAAGACUAGAGCCGCAACCUGUCCAGUGCUUGCCGGCAGCUCGACUUUCCGGCUACGAGGGAUCUCUCCAGGGGUGAGUUUUCAGCGAUUUUGCACUCGAAGAUAAAUUUUUCGAAGAUUCCGGCAGCCUCAGUCUCUUCGUGAAGCCAUCGCGUUCAUUUUUGCCCCGGACCCCGUGAAACCGGCCAUUUCUAAUGGGUUCGACAUGAAUAUGUGGGUUUUGGGAAUUCUUCGGAGGAAAUUUUACUUGUGAAAAGUAUUUCUUUGUUUGAGAUUAAAAAAAAGCGUCAAUUUAUGCUGGGUAUGAAAAAAAAAUUGAGAAAAAUAGCCUUCACCGUCUUAUAUGUUUUGGAAGUGCGCUCCACGGCUAAUUUGAAAAUUUUCCAUUUAUUUUGAAAAAAAAUUUAUCAAGGAUCUGACAACCUUUGAUUUAACGAAAUUUCCGACGUUCAAUGCAAGAAUUUUUAUAUUUUCGCAUUGGAGCAACUUUUCUCAGGCAAAAAAGCCAUCGAAAACUCUUCUUGGUAUUUUCAUAUUUAUUAUUAGUUUUGGCGAGCGAGACGAAAUUUUUUGGCAUUGGAGCGUUUUCGAAUCUCAAAAACAGCUUUUUCAGCUUGAAUCACAAAAAAUAGCCUUGGAGCGCCAUUUUUCUCGAAAAUUGAGCUAUUGUGCUUUCGUUUAAAUUACUAUCAUAACCAUCGUCUGAACAUAGUGAAAUAAAUGACUUGAAAUUAGCACUUCCCAAGGCUUCUGAAAAUUGAAUUUUUUUCGAGUUAAAUUUGAAAAAAAAAAUAAAAAAAUGUUCAAUUAAAGAGUCGCGCCGCCUCCAUUCAUUGAACCGGAAUCUGCCAACGAGUGUCCCCUCAAAAUCGACUUUGAUUGAAUAAAUUUCCAGUUUCAACCAACUUAUCAUAUCGCAUUUUGUAAAUAACGCUUGCUUUUUCCAACAUUCCAUAUUUUUUUGUUUAAUUUGCUCAAAUGUGAAUAAAUUUUUUUCAAUUUUAUGAAGCUUGUUUCUGUCUUUUUAUAACGUCUUAUUUGUUACUGUGAAAUAGUUGAAGCUUUUAGAAAGAUAAGAUUUUUCAGCAGUUACAAUUCCGAACCAUUGUUUUCCACUGACAAUGAACCACAAGCUUCAAGGCGUUUUCGAGGUUUUUUGAAGUUUAGAAAAAAAUCGAAAGGAAAUUUGAAAAUAAGGGAUAAAACGUUUUUGUUGGUAUUGAAAAUAAUCCGUAAAUCAUGCCUCCGAGGCUAUUUUUACUUCAAAACAUUUUUUUAAAAUUUUGCCUGUGUUCUUUCGAAUGUCCUGCUCCGAGGCCAGAAAUCUUGUUUUGAGGCCAUUUUUUGAUGGUAAGAUUGCUCCAAGGCUAAAAAGUCAUUUUAGUCAUCCUCCACAUAAGAGAAGUUGUUCAAGUCAUGUUUCACGACUGAUUUUCAUCAGAGAAAGAUCAAAAAUGCACUUCGAAGCUAUUUUUGCCUGGAAAGGUUGCUCCAAGGCGAAAAGUAUCUUUUCAUGUUGAACCACAAAAGUUCUGUUAUCAUUCAAGUUCAAAAUCAUCUAUUUUCGCCACAAAUACUUUUCCCUGAGUCAAAAUAUGUUCUCGGACCUCGGUAACGAAAUCCGGACGUUUCUGGGCGAUUCUAGGGAUCCCUUAAGAGGGCUGACGCUACUAAAGUGGUCACUAGAAAUGCUCAAACACGUCCGAAUCGCGUUGAGCUGAUUCACGUUGAAAACCCAGUGGCGAUAGCCGGAAACAUCCAGAAAAUGGGAAACAGUGAUUUAGAUGAGAUGAGCUUCAUCCUCACGAGGAGGAUGAAGCUUCGGAUAAUCCUUGGAGACCUCGUAUAGAAAUUUACCUGAGAGGUGUGCAAAAAGAAAACGGAAUGUAUCCUCGUCUACCUAUAUACAUCCCUCCCGUUUUCUUCGCCUUUUCUUUUCUUUUCCUCACAUCGAUCGCUUCAUUUCUUGUCUUGUUAUCUUCUUUUCCCUUUUCUUCGCCUUCCUUUUGUUGCUCCGGAUUGUUUUCGAUGGAAAUGGAACACGAGAGGAAUCAAAUUUGAAUUUCUUUCUCUUGUCACAAAAUUCCCUUGUUUUCCAAUUUUCUACCUCCAAUCUAAUUGGAAUUUUAUUCUAAAAGAAGUUUGAUUUUUCCGUCUUUAAAUCAACGUUUUUCUUUGGCCAGAACUCUUGAUUUUACUUUCUUUCUCUCGUACUUCUUCAUGAUCAGCUGAAACGCUAGAAAGGCUGAGAACACGGCUCAAAUUGCUCGCUACAAUGCGCUCCACUGAUAAAUAUGUCCGAAUUCACCUCACAAAUUCUCGGACUUUGUUUCCAUGAACCGGACGCGCUCCGGACGUGUUGGAGUAUUUCUAGUGAUCACUUUAGUAGCGUCCGAACUCUCAAGUGAUCCCUAGAAUUAUAUUAGGCGCAUAUGGUUUCCGUUAAGGAGGUCCGAGUAUGAUCAAAAUAAAAAGCCCUGAUCAGCUUUUUUUACUUCGAAAACUUUGAUUAGUUUUUUUAAAUCCUUUCUUCCUGAAAGUCGUCCCCAACUGCCCCACGGAUAAAUUACCGAAAACUACGCAGCUCAAAUUUGUACCGUUUUCUGCCCUAAACUUGUAAAAGAACGUAAAAAAAAUCCGAUGAAGAGCUCAAAACUUUUAUGAUUGUUCUCCGAGUGUAUGGUUGGGCUCCGAGUGAAACUUCACCCCCAUUUUUUUGUCCGGAGCAGACUUUCAGGAUUUUUUUUUAGCCCUCGAUGACCGGAUUUCGCUUUAAACGUGUAACUUUUUCCAUAAAACAGCUUUCUUACAAGUUACUCAACAGUUGAAAAUACUUCUUGACCCUUUUUCAUCUCGAAAAAUCUCGUGACGGUUUUUUUUUUUUGAUUGAUGUCUUUGGCUAGAGUUCAUUCUGACUCGAGUUACAAACAUGAAAAACCCUUCAAUUUCAUUUUUUAACCAUUCUGAAAAUGGAAAUUCUCGAAAACUCGUUCCAAAGCUUGAUUUUAAGUUCUCGAGGAAGUGCUUUCAAUUUGUUUUUACUAUUCUCAAAUUUCUUCGAAGCUCGAUUCAGAAGUUCAUUUUUCCUUGGCCAUGCUCCAAAAUUGUCUUCUGAACUUUCAACAGGUUCUUUUAAAAAAAGUUAUUCGCAAGAAUACUCUAAAACUCGAUCUAGAGCCUGAUUUCUUCCUUGGUCAUUCUCCCAGAUCUUCUGAAACAUCAGAAAGUUCUUGCGAAAGAGCUUUUGUCUUUGUCUUUUUUUUUCUGAAUCAUAGAGGAAACGGAGCGGCACGGCGCCGCUCCUACAAUCCGCCAGACCACCGUAACCUCGGUCGGAGCCAGUUUUUAGGCGGACGAAAAACGACAUCGCGUGCAACAAUUGUAUGAGGGGCGACUUAAGCCGAGAACAAAGCAAGUACAUCUGCGAGUCUCCGCCCACUUUUUGUUAUCCUUAUCCCGAUUUCCUUGUCAUUUUCGGCGUUAGUCAGUCUUUCUUCAUUAGUUUCCUGGUAUUUUACUGAGUUCCUUACAAGGGAAUGGUCUCACAAGGAGGUAAUUUUAAUUCCCAAGAGUUGGCCAGAACCCUUCUUGAUGUACCAAAAGAAGAUUCUGAAGGUCUCAAUCUGCACAACUUCUCAGUUUUCGAGAAAUCAUGGGUCAAAACUAAAAAAUGGCCGGUUUGAUUGCCUUUCGAGAGCUUCCUUCGACUUUGAGAGUUCCUUUUUUCGAAAUCUAGGAAAUUUCGCAGUUUAGGACUUUCAGAAGGCUUAUCCGGUUAGUCAAAGAGUGCUCUGGCGAAAUUUAAGAAAAUUCUAAGCCGCAGAGUAAAAUGACCUUCCUUGUCAGCUCAGAGUGGGACUUCUAAAUGAGACUUGGUUCAUUAGAUGCAGUUUUUACGCUGAUUCUGAAUCUGUCCUCAAAAGUUACCAUCAAAGUCUGUGAAAAAAGUUAGGGCUCUGAAAAGUCGAAAAUUCGGAAUAAUUGUAAAAACUAUAGCCUCAUUCAGAAGUUCCACUGCGAUUUUUCUGGUCAGCUCUUUAAAAUUUUCAAUGAAUUCACCUUAUUUCAUACCGUAAGAGCAAAACCAUCCAGAAAAAGAACUCAAAAGUGAUUUGAAAAAUUCGAAUUUUAGGAAUAUGUCAAAAACUAGUUGAGAUGUACUCUGAAGAGCUUUUUUUUGAGAUCUGGGCCUUUAGAAAGAAAUUUCAGAACUUCUGGGAUACUUUUAGACGUUUUCAGUGAACUUUUGACAAAUCGAUAAUUAAAUAAUAGAAAAAUUCGAGUGAAAAAUCGAAAAAAAAAUUCGAUGAUCAAAAAAAAUAACUUGUCGACAAAAUUUAAGCAAAUGAGCUGUCUUGGCGGGACCUUUACAAAGUUGAGGAACCAUUUUCUUUUUCUGACGGACUUUGGCAAAAUUUUCAAGCCCCGAUUCCGAAUAAACGUAAGAAUCUUUAUUAGAUUCUUGAUCGGAAGCCUUUUUUUAGAAUUCAGACGAUUCCCCAGUGAGUAUUGCAGGAAUAUCCAUUGACAUAUGGAAAAUAGGCUACGUUUUCUCAAUUUUCAAACUUUCCCAAUUCAUCCACUGCUACAUGCAAGCCAUUUCAAGGCCGGGAGCGUUGAAAAAAUUGGAAAAAAAGGAAACUUUUUCUAAUCUUGCAAUGCUUUCGAAUCCAUUCCAGAAGAGAGCUCUAUAAAAAAUAUGCCUUCAAAAAAUCCAAUUUUAUGCCUGAUUCACAGAAGAUAAAGCUUAAUUUUCGCUUUUCAUGUUAUCUCUUCGAAUUCGAAUAAUAUUCUUUCCUUCUUCUUCUCAAAUAACAGAAAAAAAGGAACACUACGAAAACCUAACUGUUAUUUGUAGCGGAGUGGACAUUUUUCCGGCAAAUGGAACUAAAUCUCCUUUUUUUCGUAUAUUUUUCUUUGACUUAUUUUUUUCAAUUUCAAGGUAAAAUGCGGCGAGAGCUUCCGUUCAUCCUGGUGUUCCUGAACUGCUUCGUCUUGUUGAUCAGCGCCAUCCAAGAAGAUGAAAUCGCCAAGUCUUUCGUCCUCAACGAAACAACGUUUGGUAGGGAACUUUAAAUUCAAAGGAUUAAGGAAAUUGGAAUUUUUUUUUCUGACAGGGAUUUUUAUGGUUACCUGGAGUGUCCACUAAAGGGUUUGGUUUUAUAAGCGGUCUUUUAAGGGAAAACCAGAGGCUACAUACUACCAUUGCGCUUUUUUGAAAUGGCUUUCUUAAGGGAUCACUCAAGAAGUUCUGCCUCUGAGAACUUUGUGAACUCGACCAAGCUUUUUCGGUUAUCUGAAGUGUCCACUGCAGGGUUUUGUUGUGGAAGCGGUCCUUCAAAGGAAAACUAGUUGCUGCAUACCACCAUGUAGCUCACGACUGCGCUUUUCUUAAGUGAUCACUCAGGCAGUUCUGAAGCUUGAAGGGAAAAUACAUGAUUCAUUAUGGCGGGAAAAUGACUGAAUUCAUUUGAAGUGAUCACUUUAAAAAAAAUUUCUUGUGCCAGUUCGAGUUUUGGCUGGUUAUGUCUGGAGAAAUCGCAUUUUUUGAAAUAUAUCACUUUAGUGGCCACUUGACGUUGUCAGACUUUUUUGAAGACAAAAAUAAACAUCCUCUUGUAAAAAAUCGUACCAUUCUUGUCGUGGAGCAUGAUUAAUUAAUUUUUUCAGCCGCGUACAAUUCCUCGGACUCUCCUUGUCGAAUCGAGUGCGCCGACGCGGAGACGAUGGCGUCGGCCAGCUUCGACGACUUCCAGAAGAUUUGGAUGGUCAACGACAGCGACUCGUUCGACGCCAACACCAUGAUUUUCAUCAACGGAAACCGGAGUCUCGAGUUCGUAGUUAUUUACUUCACGCUUUUAAAUCUGAAUUUCGAUCCUUUUUUAUCUUACUGGUUAGUCUUGAUCCAACGUCGGAUCAUCGCUUGGAGUCGAACUCCCGACCAAAAUAUUGCCAGCAAAAGUGUUACCAACUGAGCCAUCUUUGUUAUUUUUUCAGGUUCGCUGUGCUCAACGCGGAGGACUCGGGCAGCUACAAAUGUUGCGUCAGGGCUCUGGAUCUGGCCUACCAGUCUUUUGUCUGUUAUUUCACACAGAUCACCGUCAUCGAAGAUUUGCCUGCCGAACUCAACUCUACUGGUUUCUGGAAAAAUCAAAAACUUCUCACUAGAUGUUUUCAGAAGCACCUCUUCCCCCGGCCUGGAAUUUCCAAGUCCCGGAGGGAGGAUUCCUGAACGGACAGCAGGAACACACCUAUUUCUUGCGUCUUUUUGAAGAGUCCAACCUCACCGACAUCGCCUGCACUGUCAAUGGCAUCAUUGGACAUGUCAAAACGGUUCGGUUCAGUUUAGGAGGAAAUUUGGAGAGGAACCUUACCAAAAGAUAUUGAAUUUUGUAGGGCAGUACUUUGAUAUUUGUAACAGAGGGUUUAAAAAAGUCAAAUUUCAAGUUAUAACAUUUUUACAGCGUUCUUUACGUCUUGAAGAUUCAAAAAAAUCCCCAUAGUUCCGCAAACUUUUUAACCUUGGAAAUAUGAUUCUUUGAAUAUUCGAAAUACGCUUUUCAGGCCUAUUUUGUGUUACAUUCGAAUUUUUUUAAAAAUCCAAACCUCCAUAAGGAAAUUAAUCAGCUAUAAGAGAUUUUUCUAAACUUUCAAGAGUUUCUGAGCAAAAAUUAAAACAAAUUCUAAUAUCCAGGCUAAAAAUGUCCGUCCAAAAUUAGAAAGCCUUGAGAUUUUUCACUUUUUUUUGAAGUUCUGAUUUCAAAAACUGAAUUUUUAAGCAGGUUGCAACGGUUAGGGAACUUUUCCUGGACCGUGGGAAAAUAGAAAGUUCGAAGUUUCGGACAAAAAUAAAAAAUAGAUGUUUAGGAAGGUAGCAACCAUUAGAGAAGUUUUUCUAGAACUUCAGGAAAUUUCAAAGACUCUAAAUUGAUCUCCCAUAAAGGCAUUUCUGACGGUCCGAAAAAGUUUUGACUAGCCCUUUUCUAUCCAACUAAACUUCUUCAGAACAACGCCUUCCCGUUCCCGACGAACAACGACAUGCUCAUUCGAGACUUCAACACGACCCUCCACACCGGCGUCUACGUCUGCAACGGAACCAUUCAGGUUUUUUUCCCAACCUCAAAGCUCUGCCAUGCAUCCUAAAGCAGACGGGGAACAGCUCUUUUUCAUUCUGUUUUCUCUUCUUUUUAUUUGGCGCCUCAAAAGCCGUCGACUUGCCCAUUUUAUGGGCGAAUAAUUCGAUUGGCCGGUGUGUCGAGUUUAUACGACAGAGGGGCCGCCGAAAGAACGCUUCAAUUAGAGACGAUUGGGAACGGCGGAUUCUGGGGAGGAAAAUAUCCAGUCGGUUACGACGGGAUAGGUCUUUUUUUGAGCGGAAAAACUGGAGAAAAUGAACUUUUUUUUUGUCAAUAUCGUGAGUUUGAGACAAAAUCCAGUUUGUUUUGAAAUCCUUUUCUAGAUUUUUGUAGGCGUAGUCUUACAUUGUUCCUGUCAAAGGCUGUUUAUCUCGUUAUUCCAAGUUCAAGGAACCACAGAACAAUUGUCACUAUUUUUUUCUUUAAAGACGCUCUGGUGAAACGCAUUAUUUCUUGUGAAAAGUUCACGGAAUAAAAAAGAUUCUUUUAUAUAUUAUAACCUCAAACUUCAGUGAAAAAUCAAAAUCCUAGAAAAAGCGACCGAAAAGUCAUUUAUAAAAUGUUUUUCACCAUCUGUGCCACGAUUCAAAUUGAAAGGACUUCUUCAAUCGCGUUUUUAAAAUAUUUAUAUGCAGUUUUGCAACAUCAAAGAGUUUCAGGCCGGAAACGAGACGGAGACGGCGUCGACGACGUUCACCGUCCGCGAAUCGCUGGAGCAGAACGAAGGAGCCGUGAUGCUCGACGACGCGUUCGUCCACAAGGUCCUCGCCCAGGCCGACGAGGACAGCUCGGCCGCAAAUCGCGCUUUCCUUGCUCUUUCCUUCAUUUUCCUCAUGCUUCAAUGA